AUGUCUAAAAAUAAUUCACCCCAAGCCAAUGAAGGAGAUACUGAGUGUGGUUUCUUCUGUUGGAAAGGAGGAACUUGGCAAAUAUUUACUAGUACUAAAAUUUACGUAUUGGUUUAUGGACUCAUCGGCUUGGUACACUUCGCUCUUGGUUCAUAUGAAGUUGCCAUUAUUACGACUAUCGAAAAAAGGUUCAAAAUUCCGAGCCGAACAACAGGUCUCAUCAUGUCCAGUUGGGACAUAGGGUCGCUGAUUUGCCUAGUCUUUCUGACCUACCUCGGCAGCAAGGGUCACAAACCGAGGUGGGUCGCCAUUGGAACAUUCGCGAUCGCUAUUUCAUCCGGGAUCAUGAGUCUCCCUCACAUGAUCUAUGGCCCGGGAACUUUCGACAAUUCUACUUACGAUACUACCCCGAGUUCUAAGUGCGAACUGGGUUCUGUGUCUGACGAAGUUUGCACAGAGGGAGAGGAGAGUAGAUUGUCUUCAAUAAUUCUGUUCUCAGCAAAUACUUUAUUGGGAAUUGGAACUUGUGUCUACUACACUUUAGGAAUCGCCUACCUUGAUGAUAAUGCAAGGAAGAAUAAAAUGCCUAUAUUAUUAGGUGCUGUCAUGGCAAUAAGAAUGAUAGGUCCUACGAUCGGAUACAUGUUAGGAUCAUACGCGCUAUCUAUGUACAUAGACCCAACUAUCGAUCCAGGAAUAAAAUCAGACGAUCCACGAUGGAUUGGUGCCUGGUGGAUAGGAUUUGUACCGAUUGGAAUUAGCUCUAUAGUUCUUGCGUUCUUUAUCUGGCCCUUUCCCAGGCAUUUACCAAGGGCAUAUAAUCGAAAGAUCGAAGCAGGGAUUAAGUUUGAUGACACGCAGUUAUCAUUUAAAGAUUUUAAACUAAUGAUGAAGCGGUUGCUGAAAAAUAAAGUUCUCAUGUUGAAUUCGGUGAGUGCAACAUUCUACAUGUUCGGAAUUAUGGGAUAUUGGACCUUCAUGCCAAAAUACUUGGAGACGCAGUUUCAACAGUCUGCAUCACAAGCUAGUUUCAUAACGGGAGCAGUUGGGUUAGUGUGUACUGCUCUCGGAGUACUUACUUCCGGCAUAGUUAUUACCCGUUUCAAACCAAGUCCACAAUCAUUAGCUCUUUGGAACGUAAUAGUUGAGGCGAUUGACGUCGUUGGUCAUUUGUCUUACGCAUAUCUAGGAUGCCCUACUGAAAAUUUGCAGGGUCAUUGGGAGAGUGAUGGAUGGAGUUUAGCAGAGAGCUGCAAUACCUUCUGUUCUUGCCCACCAACUGUAAAAUAUAAUCCACUUUGCGCACAAGAUGGCAGUGUUUUAUUUUAUUCUCCAUGUCACGCUGGCUGUCCAAGUGGGUCAUUUAAUACAACUUUGAAGGUGUACCAAAAUUGUAGCUGUAUGCCAGACAUCUCUCUCGUCCCAGGCCCUUGCCCGCUUCAGUGUGCUACCAAGUUCAACAUCUUCAUAGCUAUUUUAUGCAUCAUGAGUUACUUCUCAGCUACAGGAAGAGCGGGAAAUACGAUCAUUCAAUUUCGCUCUGUUUCUGAGGACGAUAAAGCAGUUUCUAUUGGACUUACAGAGGCGCUUUUGUCAACGUUUGCAUUUAUACCUGCCCCCAUAUUUUAUGGUACACUCCUAGAUUAUGGCUGCCUAGUUUGGGGAACUUUGUGCGGUGAACGAGGAAAUUGCUGGCUAUAUGAUGGACAAUCUGUAAGAUAUUAUGUGAAUUUCACGGCCUCAUUCUUCAUAUUUUUGGCCACUCUGGCAGAUAUUGGUGUUUGGAGGUAUUCGUAUGGUUUAGAAAUAUAUGAAGAAAGAGCAAAAGAACCUCAGGAAUUGCAACCAUUAGAUUCGAAACAUCCGCAACAACAGAAAAUCGAAAUGGAAACUUGA